CAGUUCUUUCAUCAAGCAGCUGCCAUUUGCUCUUUCAGUACUCUUGUGUUUACCAAACAAAUUUCCAUUUCCAACUUCCAACUAUGGCUUGGGCUCUUGUAUCUGCUAUCAAGGACCAGCUUAGUUCUUUCAUUGCUUCAGAGUUCUUGUCAAUUGCAAAUUUCAAGGGAGAAGUCCAGAAGCUUGAAAGCAAAUUCCACACCAUCCAGGCAAUGCUCAACGAUGCAGAGAAACGGCAAGUGAAGGAGGAAGCUGUGAAGCUUUGGUUAGAUAAGCUCAAAGACGUAUCCUACCAGAUGGACGACGUGUUGGAUGAGUGGAACACUGCCAUGAUCAAAGCAGAGAUUGAGAAACAACAAAAAGAUGAUGCAGAAAAAGCUGAAACUAGCAGUGCUGCUAAGAAAAGGAAGGUAUGGCCGCUCAUCUCAGUUCCUACUCUUUUGCAGCAUCGUGAUAUUGCUCAUAAGAUAAAAGAACUUAAUGAAAAAUUAGAUGAGAUUGACAGAGAGGGAGAGGUGUACACGUUUGCAUUGACUAGGGGCAAUGAAGAAGUUGAGAGACCAAGAACGACUUCCUUUGUUGAUGUGUCUGAAAUUCUUGGUCGUGAUAAAGUUAGGGAUGAUCUAGUGAGCAUCCUAUUGGGCAAGGGUAGUGAAGAAGUAAGAAACCCCCAUGUCAUCUCUUUAGUGGGCAUGGGUGGUAUUGGAAAAACUACUCUUGCCCAACUAGCCUAUAAUGAUGAUGAGGUGAAGGCACAUUUUGAGAUAAAAGUGUGGGUUUGUGUUUCUGACCCUUUCAAUCAAGGCAAGGUUGCCAAGGAAAUUUUUGAAUCUAUUAAAUUUCAAUCCCCCAACAUGACUACUUUGCACAGUGAAACAAAAAUCUUUGAAUCUAUUGAAUCUCAAUCCCCCAACAUGACUGCAUUGCAAACUCUAUUGGAAGCAAUUUGUAAAGAAGUUGAGGGAAAGAAGUUCUUUCUUGUCUUAGAUGAUGUGUGGACUGAAGGCUCCACAAUGUGGGAGCCAUUUAGACUUGCACUCAAAUAUGCUGCCCAAGGCAGUAGAAUUCUAGUCACCACACGUAAAAGUAGAGUCGCGGAGAUGAUGGGAAGUGUGAGCAUAAUUAAUUUGGAGGUAUUGUCUAAAGAAGAUUGUUGGUUGGUGUUUAGUAAAAUAGCAUUUUUUGAUAGGGAUCCUAAGCAACGUGAGCAACUAGAAGACCUCGGCACGCAAAUAGUAGAAAAAUGCAAAGGUUUGCCACUUGCCGCUAAGACUCUAGGGAGUCUCAUGCAGUUCAAGAGAAGUAGAGAAGAAUGGAAGAGUAUUUUGGAUAACAAUUUUUGGGAAUUUGAAGAUGUAGAAAGAAGUCUUUAUGCACCGUUAUUAUUGAGUUAUUAUGAUUUAUCCUCACCAUUGAGACGGUGCUUCUCAUUUUGUGCUGUUUUUCCCAAAGAUUAUGUCUUUUCUAGCGAUGAAUUGGUAUUUAUGUGGAUGUCACAAGGAUAUAUCAAGCCGAAGGCAAAUAUGGAGAUAGAAAUCAUUGCUAGAGAGUACUUUGAAAAUUUAGCUAUACGAUCUUUCUUCCAAGAAUUUGAGAAAGAUGAAGAUGAUGACCAAAUAAUAAGGUGCAAAAUGCAUGACAUAGUGCAUGACUUUGCACAAUUAAUAUCAAAAAAUGAAUGCUUCACAAUCAAUAGUGACAUGGACUUGGGAGUAGAUUAUAAAAAUGCCCGUCAUCUGUGGUUAAAAAUUCCCAAAGAUAUCCAAUUUCUUGAGUCCAUUUGUAGUGCAAAAAAUUUACACACCCUCAUUUUUGUACUUGAAGGUGGUUAUAACUUAUUUACUUUAUCCCAGCAUUUUAGAUGUUUACGGGUAUUAACUUUGUAUUGUGGAUAUCAUAGUAUGUUAAUGGGACUUCCAGAUGCAGUGGGAAAUUUCAUACAUUUGAGGUAUCUCUAUUUAGUCAAUUAUUAUGGAGAUGCAUUGCCUGAAACCAUUUGUAAUCUUUGCAAUUUACAAAUUUUGCAUAUUAAAUUUGCUGGUGGGUUACUAAAAUUGCCACAAGGGAUGGAUAAAUUAAUUAACCUAAGACAUUUUAAGUUGGAUUGCAAAACCUAUAGGGAUCCAAAUAUAAAUUUUCCAAGAGGGUUUGGGAGAUUGACUUCUCUUAGAACAUUAAAGUAUUUCCACAUAAAUGGUGAGGAUGAUAGAUGUAAAUUGGGAGAAUUAAGAAAUUUGGACCACCUUAAAGGGACUCUUCAAAUAAAUGGGUUGGAGAACGUGGUAGAUCAAUGUGAGGCCACAAAUGCACAACUAAAGAAGAAGAUAAAUCUUCGUACUUUGAAGCUAUUGUUUCACCCAAACAAAUGGGAUUUUGAGGAAAUAACAAGGGGGAUGGAUGCAUUAGUUCUGAAUGCCUUAGAGCCACCUCCUAACUUGGAAGAUUUAAGCAUUCGUUACUACAAGGGACCGACAAUGUCUCCUUGGAUGGUGUCCUUGACCAAUUUGAAAAACCUUAAUUUUGAGUAUUUAUUUAUAGAGCAUUUUCCUCCUCUGGGGAAACUUCCGGUCCUCGAAUCAUUGAGAAUAGAGAGGAUUAAUAGAUUGAAAAAGUUAGGGGUUGAAUUUAUGGGAAUAGAAGAAUCUGAAAAGAAGGAGAAAGACGAUAUAUCAAUAACGCUAUUCCCAAAUUUGAUAUUUCUCGAAAUUUAUGAAUUAAUAGAGUGGGAAGAAUGGAAUGGGAUUGGAGGAGAAGAAGAAGAAGAAGAAGAAGACUGUACCAGAAGAUUCACUAUAAUGCCACGUCUUCAACAUUUGAGUAUCAGGAGUUGCCCAAAGUUAAAGUCGCUACCGAACUUCCUUCGUACAACUCCAUUACAGCAUUUGGAGAUCCAAAACUGUCAAAUUCUGGAGGAACGCUACAAAAGAGGGACAGGAGAGGAAUGGCCCAAGAUUUCCCACAUCCCUAACAUCAUGAUCGGUUACAAGUAUGUGCAAAGAGACAGUCGAGAGUAUAAAAUUGAUUCAUAUCUCAAGACUAAUUUGAAAUAACUCAUGGUUUACUGAGAGAAGGCUCAAAAAAUAAGAUGAAGAAAAAUCCUAUCAAAGAAUUUUUGGAUGAAAGAUGAUUUGUCAGUGUGGGCAAAGUUCUUUCUUGGCUUGAUUCAGAGAUGCAAGUCUAAUCCAAUCAUGGAUGCAAUGCAUAUUCAGGUUGCAGUUUUCUAGUUCCCCAAUGUGUCAAUGGUUGAAAGGUGCUGGUCUCUUCCCAAUCAUUGUUGUUGUGAGUUUAUUCAAUUUUACAAUGUUCAUAAAUUUAGCUACAAGUUCAGAUUUUUGGAUGAUGAUGGUGAGAAAUUAUUUGUGAUCGUGCAUGUGUCAGCAAAGUUUGACAACGGCUUGAUUCGGCAUUGCAAUUCUGAUCCAGUCAUGGUGUGAAGUACAGGACGCUCGUUACUAGUAGGAAAGAAGAAGAAACUACAUAUACCUUGGCUUUGUUAAUUGGAUCAUUUACUCCUCUACUGUGAGGGAUGUACAUUUGUCAUGAAUCAAAUUUUCAUGCAAGGAUGCCCAUUUGAGAAAGGGCCACAAAAGCAGGUCCUUUAUCAUUUUAUAAUGGAAGCAAGGAUGUGCAUCAUGGAACAUAUCAUGUGCAAUCCAUAUUAUAUGGAGGUAGAUGAAAGGUGAGCUAGGUAAUUGACCAAUUUUCAACUCAUAAUUUCUGGCCUUAUGUUUUAGGUUUGAAAUUUGUUUGCUAAUUUUCAUGGUUUAGUGUUAUACGUUUAGGAGAUUAAUGAAUGCAAAAGCAUGCGGAUUUCAUGUCUUAGUGAUUGAAGAGUUUCGUGUCAUGGAAGAGGGGGAAGAGUGCAAUGUUACCACCAAGAAUGGAGGGGAUGAGAUGAUAAAUUCUUGCUUUUCUUUUUACCAUUGCUAGUCGCCCAAUUUGGAAUGACAUUCAAAAAUGGAAAUACCUGAAUUAGUCACCAAUAUGAGCAAGGAAAAAAGAAGAAGAAGAAGAAGGCAAUGAAGCCAUAUUACUAUUGUUUGCUCUAUGCAAUUCAAUUUUGAUUCACCUAUAGAGGCAUGGAAGAAUGCAAAGUUGGGGAAGCAACCAGCAGUAGAUAUGAAGAUAUUACAUAUAUUUUGGAUCAAGUAACAAUCAUAGAACAACAUUCUUGUUUGGUAUAUUUCCUUCAAGAUGUAGGAAACCAUAUCAAGAGUACAAGUCUGAUUUAUUUGGCCUGUGGCUAAAAUCUAAAAUGAAGAUAUUGCUUAAACAAAAAAUUUGCUUCCUUACAUCAAUGCAAGUUUUAUUUAAUGGCAGUAGACAUAGCUUAAAAGCAGCUUUUGUGGUUUAUGAGAUUAUUUCUGAUGGACAAGGAAGAUAAGAUCAAUCUCAAAGAAGAAACCUCAUCAAGGACGUCAAGAAUUCAGUUGAGGAAGGAAAUGAACAUGAUCUUGACACCACCACUCACAAAGGAAAUCGAGGAAGAUGAUGCCUCCCAAAUAUAUUAUAUGAUCACAGAAGAAGCUCAUUAAUCUAGUGGCCAGCGAGUAUUUGAAGUUAUAAGCAUGGAGAAUGGUGUAGUGCGCUACUGUGUUGAGUUUUACAGUGAUGAAGAUCUUUGACCUCAGAUUUCAUAUAUUGAGGCCUUAAUGUCAUCUAUUUUCUCCUCAACAUCACGGUUAUUAUGUUAAAGAUAUCAAAUUAUAGUAUUUAGGGAAGUAUAUUUUGUGCUCAAGCAAAUUCUCACGCAUGGAUACACUUUCGAGAAAGGCCUACAGAAGAAACUCCUUCAGUUCAUUGUGGCAAUAAAGCUUGCCUAUUGUAUGACACAUGAAAGGUUUAAAAGUUUGAAUCUAGAUGCAAGUAGACUUCUUGACUUAGUGAUGUGUUUCUAGUCAAUGAAGAUGGCGACAAUUUGAUAAGUACUUCCUAUUUGUUGCAAUCCGUAGUUGCCCAUUGUGAAAAGGACACCAUAAAGACUGGAGAGGAGAAGAUAGGACGAGUCCAAAAAUUACUGAUGUAGGCACUUAAAUGUUAAUUCUUCUAUAGGGAUUUUUGUGAAAAGCUGUGUUAUGACUUCAAAGAUGCUGGUAAUACUACAAGUCAGACCUUGGUGCAAUGGAAAGUGUACUCUGCUUAAACAAUGUGUGGUUGGGGUGAAAGCAGGAGCCUUGUGCAUUGGUGACAACAAUUCUAUGAAGAUUGAAGUAUUUGUUACAUGGAAGUGCAUGAAGAACACAAGUUUUCCAUAAGACAAGAAGAAGCGAUAAAAUACCUUGGCUUUGUUAGCAGGCUUUGACUUAGAUUUUCUUCUUGACCACUUACAUGGGGUAGCCCGGUUGAUGUUCAGUGAAAGGGCUAAAGCUAUGCUUGUGGCUUUGGAGGUUAGGAUUGCUGACUUGAAGAAGCUGUUGGGGCUGCUGGAGUGAAAUAUUUCGUUACAUGGAAGUGUGUGAAGUACAUGAGGUGACCAUAAGACAAGAAGAAGCGACAAAUUACCUUGGCUUUGUUAGUUGGAUUAAUCUUCUACUGGAAG